CAAUAUUUAAAUCGUAUAGAAAGCCUGAAUAUAUAUUCGCAUAAUAUUCAUAUAUAAAGUAAAAAGUUGUUUCGUUAGUGCUUUGUCCGGAUUAUGGAUGCUACUCGCGAGUCCGAUGUCUUUAAAAAGAUGACCGUAGUUCAAAUUAAAAAUUUUCUACUUGCAAGAGGAGUCAGUGUAAAUGGCUAUGAUAAAAUUACGCUGAUCAAAAUAGCUGCUGCGGUUGAAAGAAUGUGUAUUCCUCUACUUCCAACCUUAACAAACGAUCGAAAGAAUGGUGCUGCAAGCGAUGAACGUUUGAUUAUUAAUGAUAUGGAAAUCGAAAACCCCUUUAAAAUGUCUGUGAUGAAUAACUUCAUCGACUCUCCAUCUUUCGGUUUGUACGACAUAUUCAACUAUUUGAUUUUCCAUUCGACUGCGUACGAUAAGCAAGGUCUAGCUGCGUACAAAUCCUUCGACGACUACAGUCUAUUUGAAGAUGGCCAUGUAGAAUCGUUAAUGACUAAAACAUUGAACAAUGAAAGGCUUCAUGUCUAUGUAGCUAAGGUGCGACCAGCUAUGAAGGUGAAAACUGAUGAUGGAAAACCUUGCUACGAUCUUUGGUUUAUCUUGGAAGGUCAUGGUCCCAACCGAGGUAGCGUUUUGAAGGCGAAGUGUAUGUGCAAAGGAGGCCGUGAUGGGGGAUGUAAACACAUCGGGGCCGCCAUGUAUUCGCUGGAAGAGGUGCUGAACACGCGAAGUAAAGAUAGCGUGACAAGUGGCAGUUGUGUGUGGGUCAAGAAAGCUAGCGCUAGUACGAAAGCAUGCGAAGUAUCUGACCUAGUGAUUGAAAAACCAAAAUUACCUUCGUACAAACUGAGGAAGAGGGACCACGCAUAUUCUCAAAACAUUGACGUGGACGUAAGAGCUCAUAAGGACCAAAAGCCCAUAAAGAAAAGAAAGCUGAGAAGACUUACCGGAUUGAUGAAACUAAUGAAACAACGUCCUGCCAUUCUGCCAGUACUCCAGAAACGAUACUGCGCACCAAAGAAAUCUCCAACACUAUUGACCAUUGAAAAUGGUGACAAGAGUACAAGUGGUACCAGUUCAAGUGAUGGGAUCAUGAAACGUAAAAUUUCUAUUUGCAUGGAAAGCAACAAGCAUGCCACAGAAGAUUUAGUGUUUCAAAAGUUAUCAUUCACAGACAAGGAGAUUGAUGAUAUCAACCAGGCUACGGUAAAACAGUUCCAGUGCAAAGAAUGGUAUUGUGAAAAAGCUGGUUUCAUUUCAGCAUCGAAAGUUAAGCGUGUUGUUACCAGACAGGCAACUAUUGAAAACAGACCAAAGAAGACAGAUGUCAGC